CUCCUCCUCCUCCUCCUCCUCCAUCUCCUCGCUCCCUCCAUCUGCCGUGGGUAUGGCCCGUCGCUGGAGCACAAAAGAGUCUCCGCGGCGGGGAUCGGCGUGGCUCUUGCUUUUCCUCGCUGGGGUGUACGGAAAUGGUGCUCUUGCAGAACUUUCUGAAAAUGUGCAUAUUUCCGGAGUGUCAACUGCUUGUGGAGAGACUCCAGAACAAAUCAGAGCACCGAGUGGAAUAAUCACGAGUCCAGGCUGGCCUUCUGAGUAUCCUGCCAAAGUCAAUUGUAGCUGGCUCAUAAGGGCAAACCCAGGGGAAAUCAUUACUAUAAGUUUUCAGGACUUUGAUAUCCAGGGGUCCAGAAGGUGCAGUUUGGACUGGUUGACAAUAGAAACGUACAAGAAUAUUGAAAGUUACAGAGCUUGUGGGUCCACAGUCCCGCCUCCGUACAUCUCCUCCCAAGACCACGUUUGGAUCAGGUUCCAUUCAGAUGACAGCGUGUCCAGGAAAGGCUUCAGACUGGCGUAUUUUUCAGGGAAAUCUGAGGAGCCAAACUGUGCCUGUGACCAGUUCCGUUGCGGUAAUGGAAAGUGUAUUCCAGAAGCCUGGAAGUGUAAUAGCAUGGAUGAGUGUGGAGAUGGUUCUGACGAGGAGGUCUGUGCUAAGGACGCUAACCCCCCAACAGCUGCCGCGUUCCAGCCCUGUGCCUACAGCCAGUUCCAGUGUCUGUCCCGCUACACCAAAGUUUACACUUGCCUCCCCGAGUCUUUGAAAUGUGAUGGCAACAUCGACUGCCUGGACCUAGGCGACGAGAUAGACUGCGACGUGCCAACAUGUGGACAGUGGCUAAAAUACUUCUAUGGUACUUUCAGUUCUCCGAACUACCCAGACUUUUAUCCUCCCGGAAGUAACUGCACCUGGCUGAUAGACACUGGUGAUCAUCGGAAAGUCAUUUUACGCUUCACCGACUUUAAACUAGAUGGUACUGGUUACGGGGAUUAUGUCAAAAUAUAUGACGGACUAGAGGAGAAUCCUCGGAAGCUUUUGCGUGUGUUAACCGCUUUCGAUUCUCACGCCCCUCUUACGGUCGUUUCUUCCUCUGGACAGAUAAGAGUGCAUUUUUGUGCUGACAAAGUCAAUGCUGCCAGGGGCUUUAAUGCCACUUACCAAGUAGAUGGCUUCUGCUUGCCGUGGGAAAUACCCUGUGGAGGGAACUGGGGGUGUUACACGGAGCAGCAGCGCUGUGAUGGGUAUUGGCAUUGCCCGAAUGGAAGGGAUGAAAUCAAUUGUACCAUGUGCCAAAAGGAAGAGUUUCCGUGUUCCCGAAAUGGUGUCUGUUACCCUCGCUCUGACCGCUGUAACUACCAAAAUCAUUGCCCCAAUGGGUCAGAUGAGAAAAACUGCUUCUUUUGCCAGCCAGGGAAUUUUCAUUGUAAAAACAACCGCUGUGUGUUUGAAAGCUGGGUGUGUGAUUCCCAGGAUGACUGCGGUGAUGGCAGUGAUGAGGAGAACUGCCCGGUUAUUGUGCCCACCAGAGUCAUAACGGCGGCCGUCAUAGGGAGCCUCAUCUGUGGCCUGCUCCUCGUCAUUGCAUUGGGGUGCACGUGUAAGCUUUAUUCUCUGAGAAUGUUUGAACGAAGGUCGUUUGAGACCCAGCUGUCACGAGUGGAGGCGGAACUGCUGCGAAGAGAAGCCCCUCCCUCUUACGGACAGCUGAUUGCUCAGGGCUUAAUCCCACCCGUGGAGGACUUCCCGGUUUGCUCACCUAAUCAGGCUUCGGUUUUAGAAAACCUGAGGCUAGCUGUCCGGUCUCAGCUGGGAUUUACAUCCAUCAGGCUCCCUAUGACAGGCCGAUCCAGCAGCAUUUGGAAUCGUAUUUUUAAUUUCGCACGAUCACGUCAUUCCGGAUCGCUGGCUUUGGUGUCGGCCGAUGGAGACGAGGUGGUCCCGAGUCAGAACAGCAGCAGAGAAACGGAAAGGAGUCACCUUCACAGAAGCCUGUUUUCCGUGGAGUCCGACGACACCGACACAGAAAGUGAGAGACGGGAUACGGCAGGAGCGUCUGGGGGCGUUGCAGCGCCCCUGCCCCAGAAGGUCCCCCCCACCACCGCCGUGGAAGCCUCGGUGGGGGCCGCUGCCAACUCCUCGGCCCAGAGCGCCCGCGGCGGCGGCGGCGGCGGCCACGGCCACGGCCACGGAGACGGAAGGGAGGCGGCAGGUGUGGAAGCCCCGAGUGUGAGCCCAGCCCGGCACCAGCUCACCAGCGCGUUAAGUCGCAUGACUCAGGGCCUGCGCUGGGUCCGGUUCACAUUAGGGCGGUCGAGUUCCUCAACUCAGCACCAGAGUCCUUUGAGACAGCUCGAUAGCAGCGGGGUGAGUGGAGGAGAAGAGGACGACGAUGUGGAAAUGCUAAUUCCAGUGUCUGAUGGAGCCUCAGACAUUGACGCCAGUGACUGCUCUCGCCCUCUUCUUGAUCUUGCCUCAGACCAAGUGCAAGGGUUUAGGCAGCCAUACAGUGCCCCGAACCCUGGAGUCAGAACAAGUAACCGCGAUGGCCCCUGCGAGCGCUGUGGCAUUGUGCACACCGCCCAGAUCCCAGACACUUGCUUAGAAGCCACAAUGAAAAACGAACCGAGCGAUGACGAGGCUUUGCUACUGUGUUAGGGUGGACUCCUCAGAGAGACUGUAUCCAAGCUGGAGCAAUAUCCAUUCGUGGUUUUGUAACUUCACAAUUAAACUAGUUUGAAAUGAAAA